AUGUCCCAACUUCAACAACUCUACCACUCCCUCUUCAAUUCUGAUGUCGUCGGUAUGUCCCUCAUCCAGCCUCUUGCCAAACCUUGGGCCAAUUUCAGGCACCACCCCGAGAAGGUUCAACAAAUGCAGUUGUUACAACAGUACCAACAGCAGCUCUUGCGGCGGCAAGAGAGACAGCAAGGGGUGAGGAAUAUGAAGCGAGGCGGUACUGGUGCAGGUGAGAGAGAGUGCGCGUACCUACAGCUGGCAUGCAGCAGCGACAAGCGCGUCUAUGUGAUCGAUCUGGAAGUCUUCUUGGACGGGGAGACGGAUCCGAUGCACAAAUUCCCUCAACUUCUUGGCGAGAUCUUUUUCAACCCGUCCAUCUGCAAGCUCGCGUACAACUGGAAGGAGGAAAGUGCCUACCUAAGAACUCUCUUCCCGCUCCUCAAAGACCACCGACACCACAUCGACAACCUCUUCGACCUCUACCACAUCUGGAUCGUCCCCAACCCUAACCCACAACUCUCAAAUCAAAACUCCUCCAACACUUCCAACAAAUGGAUCACAGCCUGGUACUGCGGCGGCGGCCAGCCCAUAUUCCCGACAAGAAUGUCCCAACCAAAGUUCAAAAACGUUUCCGGGCUAUUGUUCAAGGUGGUGGGACGGUUCUUGAAGAGGACUUCCAAGCUUGCGAUGAGCGCGCUGUGUCUGUUGGACAUGUUUGCUGUUCUUGACGGGGACGGACAGAGAAUGGAGCGAGAGGAGACCGCUCAAUUCAUGAUCCACGCCGCCGCCAAGUGA